AUGUUGGCUCAAAGCUGCGAAGAGCGGUAUGGAGAGGAUACUGCCGUUCUCGUUCUCGUUCUCGUGUUCGUUGUCGUGUCGCCCCAACAUCUUGUCCAGGCUAGCUACCGACCACACUCACGUCAGUAUCUCAGCCACGACGACAAGACCAAAAUUGAUGGAGACGCUCAGCCCAUCGAGCGUGGUCUAUCCUUCCUGGGCCUUCCCAUUGUAAUACUUCACGCGCCGGGGUUGUCUUUAUAUGGUCCUCAACAUGCCACCUCGACGGUCGCACAAGAAAUCGCGAAAUGGUUGCGAUCAAUGCAAGGAGAGAAGAGUAAAGUGACCGAUGGUUCCCAAGACUACCACCACCGGAGACAAUCGCAGUCAAAGCACCAUGACAAGCAGCCUAUCAGCUCCGUAAGAUCUGUCGAGCCAAGAUUUGUCCUUCGUGAUCUCGAACUCAUGCAUAAGUUCUCGACCGAGACCUUCCAAUGUCUAUGUGGAGACCAGUCCGACAUGGGUGACUGGCAGGUCCUCAUCCCCCAACAAGCAUCAAAGCAUACUUUCUUACUCCAUGGCAUCCUCGCACUCGCAGCUUUGCAUAUCGCAGCUACAGCCACAGAGCGUACUAUCGUGCUGUCAUAUCUCGAUACUGCGCUUCAAUACCACAAUAUGUCAUUCGCCCCAUUCCGACAAGCGCUCGACGCGCUCACCCCGUUGAACUGCGACGCUGUCUUCGCCCAGUCCGCCAUAAUAACCGUCAUUGGUAUCGCCUUACCGCGCCUCAACGCUCAACACAGAGGCGAAUGCUUCAGCAUGAUCGAGAACAUGAUCACCGUGUUCGAGCUCCUACAAGGCUCAACUAAGGUCUCCCGCAUCAGUCGACCAUGGCUUAAAGCCAGUAUGUUUUCUAAAUACGACUUCUGGCUGAUGGAAACCGGAGACUUGGAUUUCGAGAAGACUGUUGCUAUAAAGAAACUAAGCCGGUUGAAUACCUGUAUCGCCAAUGCCGAGCAAGGUGGUGCUAACCGUGAGGCGAUUGACCUGUUACAGUCUUGUUUUGCUAAGUUUGCUUGUUCGUCUCAUCCUGUGGCUAUUCUUGCUUGGUUGGUCUAUGUGAAGAAGGAUUUUAUCGAUGGGCUGCGGAUGCAUCAGCCGUUUCCAUUGUUGAUUUUGAUGCAUUGGGGUGUGUUGUUGAAUGAUCUAGGGAGUCAUUUCUGGUGGGCGAAAGGCUGUGGUAGGGAUUUGGUAAUUGAGUUGUUGGCUGAGAUUAUAAGUGAAGACCCAGUAUGGGAGCAGGCUUUGGAAUGGCCACGGAAAAUGGUAGGGGUCUGA